AUGAGUUCCACUCCAGGCAACGAAGACACCAACGACGUGAUCAUGAUAACUAAGAAGAAGAAAAAGAGCAACGAGGGAAAAGAAAAGAGACAACAGAGAGUUGCGCUCUCAAAACUAUUUGCUUUUGCUGACUUUUACGAUUAUGUGCUAAUGGGGUUGGGAUCAGUUGGUGCUUGUGUUCAUGGAGCUUCAAUGCCUGUGUUCUUCGUUUUCUUUGGAAAGUUGAUAAAUAGCAUUGGAAUAUCUGCUGAUGCUCCCCAAGAAGCUAGCCACAGAGUUGCCAAGGUAAAGGAAUCUUUUCUUGUGAUGGGAAUGCAACUACUCGCUGGAUUUUGUAUAUCUAGGUGUAGUUAUGCUGUUUUCAUCAUGGACUGUAAAUGUGGAUAUGCAGAAGUGGCAUGCUGGAUGCACUCCGGAGAGCGCCAGGCAGCAAAGAUGAGAAUGGCAUAUUUGAAAUCAACGUUAAAUCAAGAAAUAAGUUUAUUUGAUACUGAAGCAUCAACUGGAGAAGUCAUAGCUGCGAUUACUAGUGACAUUAUAACCGUGCAAGAUGCCAUUUCUGAGAAGCUACGUAAUGGGGUAACUUUCUCCAGUCUCUCAUUAAGGGACCACUCCAGUUGUAAAGAUUUGGGAUUUCCAUUAAGAGAACUUGGUGGAAGGCAUGCAUGGGAUGGGAAUUUGGGGAUAUGGCAAAUUAGCCUGGUGACAGUGUCUAUACUUCCUCUAAUUGUGCUUGCUGGGGGUCUCAAUGCAUAUUUACUAAUCGGCCUAACUGCAAAAGUUAGAAAAUCGUAUGCCAUGGCUGGGCAAAUAGCUGAGGGGGUGAUUGGAAAUGUUAGAACAGUUCAAGCAUUUGUAGGAGAAAAAAGGGCAAUAAGAUCAUAUAGAGAAGCUCUAAGGAAUACAUACGAGUAUGGAAGAAAGGCAGGCCUCGCCAAAGGUCUAGGCAUAGGGAUCGUUCAUUGUGUCCUUUUCCUCUCAUGGGCAUUACUUGUUUGGUUCUGCAGCAUUAUUGUUCAUAAGAACAUUGCCAGUGGCGCUGACUCUUUCACCACCAUGCUCAAUGUUGUUAUAUCUGGCCUUUCACUCGGAAUGGCGGUACCAGAUAUCUCUGCAUUUGUCCGAGCAAAGGUAGCAGCUUACCCCAUUUUUGAAAUGAUAGAGAGGAAUAAAAGGAGCACAAAAACUGACCGAAAACUAGAUAAAUGGCAAGGCCACAUUGAAUUCAGGGAGGUGUGUUUUAGCUAUCCAUCUCGUCCGGAUGUAAUGAUCUUUGAUAAAUUCUUCCUUGAUAUCCCUUCCGGAAAGAUUGUUGCUCUUGUGGGAGGAAGUGGAUCUGGAAAGAGCACAGUUAUAUCUUUGAUUGAGCGCUUCUAUGAGCCUCUAUCUGGACAGAUACUAUUAGAUGGGAAUGAUAUCAAGGACUUUGACCUCAAGUGGCUUAGGCAGCAAAUUGGGCUAGUAGGUCAGGAGCCUGCCCUUUUUGCAACAAGCAUUAAGGAGAACAUCCUUUAUGGAAAAGGUGAUGCCACCCUUGCUGAGAUCACACAUGCUGCUAAACUUUCAGCAGCUCUCUCUUUUAUCAACAAUCUUCCUGAUGGAUUUGAAACUCAGAAGCAGAGGAUUGCAAUAUCCCGUGCGAUGGUGAAGAAUCCAUCAAUUCUCUUGCUAGAUGAAGCUACAAGUGCUCUUGACGCUGAGUCUGAGAGAAGCGUGCAAGAGGCACUCGAUCAUGCUAUGGUGGGAAGAACUACUGUAGUUGUGGCUCAUCGACUGUCAACCGUUAGGAAUGCAGAUAUGAUCGCUGUUGUUCAGGAAGGGAAGAUUGUGGAAAUCGGAAGCCAUGAGGAGCUCAUCUCAGACCCAAGUAGUGUCUAUGCAUCUCUUGUUCAUCUCCAGGAUGCAGCUUCUUCGCAACGCCAGCCCUCACUGUCACUGACCCCAACCAGUUCAAGGUACUCUCGCGAAUUAUCCCAAACAAGAACAAGCUACGGUGCCAGUUUUAAUUCUGACAAGGGUUCUGACGGACAUGCCGGUAUUGAUACCUUGAAUCCUACGAGACAAAGGAGUGUUUCAAUGAAAAGACUAUAUUUGAUGAUCGGUCCUGACUGGAUUUAUGGGGUAAUUGGAACCAUCUGUGCGUUUAUUACUGGAGCUGUCAUGCCACUUUUUUCGCUCGGACUCUCUCAAGCUCUUGUAGCCUUUUAUAUGGACUGGGACACAACUCGCCAGGAGAUCAAAAAGAUAGUGAUCCUGUAUUGUUGUGGUGCAGUAAUUACUGUGGUUGUCUAUGGCAUUGAACAUCUUUGUUUUGGAAUCAUGGGAGAACGGCUCACUCUUCGUGUGCGAGAAAUGAUGUUUUCCGCCAUAUUGAGGAACGAGAUUGGAUGGUUUGAUGACUUGAACAACGCAAGUUCUGUGCUGGCAUCACGUCUAGAGAGUGAUGCAACUUUGUUGAGAACCAUAGUCGUUGAUCGCUCAACAAUUCUCUUAAACAACACACUCUUUUUGAAAGGCUAUGGAGGCAACUUGAGCAAAGCAUAUCUCAAAGCUAACAUGCUUGCUGGUGAGGCUGUGAGCAACAUCCGUACUGUUGCAGCAUUUUCAGCUGAAGAGAAGGUCCUAGACCUUUAUGCACGUGAGCUUGUGGAACCUUCUAAGCGUUCAUUUACUCGAGGCCAGAUUGCAGGCAUAUUCUAUGGCAUAUGCCAGUUUUUUAUCUUCUCAUCCUAUGGGCUUGCCUUGUGGUAUAUGGCUUCAGCUCCAUCUUAUAUACCGUUUUCUGUUACAAUGCAGAGCAGAUAA